AAAGAUUAAUUUGACGUCUGCAGAAAUAAGAAGAAAGAACGGCGAAAAUGAGAAUGCCACAGUGUCAGUGAUGGACUUUUUAGAGAUUAUUGAUGAGCUUCACAGGGAAUAUUUCCCUUCUGCACAAAUAAGUUUGCUUGACCGUGAUAGUUCGGAUGGUGAGGAAUAUUCAUCUGACAGUGAGAGUGAUGAUAUGAACAAAAAUGAUAUUCAUGACAGAUGUCAGCUUUAUGCCUGCCAAACUAAUACGACAGAAAGCAAGCCUGAAGAUGUCUCAAUGUCUGAUUUGGAGCAAAUAGUUAGAGAAAAGGUUAAUGAUGGUUGUCAUUGUCAAAUGAAAUGUAUUUCAAACUUAAGUUUUGAGGAGAUUUUUGGGCAUAUAAGUUGCAUGAAAGAACUUUCAAAUGAGGAGAGAGAUAUGUAUCUUAUGGGGAAGCUGAAAUGUAGUGGUACCGGGGAUGAUUCUGGUAAACAAAUCAAAAGACAAAGAUAUCAUUAUAACUUUGAUGACAGAGAGAUUUGUAAAGACGCAUUUCUUUUCAUUCAUGCCAUUGGGGAAAAAUACCUCAAAAACUUGGUAAGACACAUGAAAACCAACGGCAUCAGGCCACGGAUACACGGGAAUACUGGGAAAACACCGCACAAUGCCUUAAAAUAUGACGAUACACAGUAUGUUGUAAGCUUUAUUCAGAGAUAUGCUGAGGAACACGGUCUUCCAAUGCCAGCAGCUCCAAGAGCUGGAUUCCACACGGCUAUUCAUCUCAAUAAAGCAGAAAGAGAACAUAAACAUUACAUUAAAUGCAUUGAAGAAGCAAGGAUAGAACACCGGAAUUUAUUCCUAGAAAAUGCUCCACAUAUAGCUUGUUCCACAGAAUAUGUAAAGGCUCAUUACACGUUUGAUUUCGCUCAAAAUGUAACUGUUCCACACCAUUCUAGGCAAGUUGGACCUCUUUUCUUUGAAACACCAAGAAAAAUACAGAUAUUUGGAAUUUGUAUGGAAGUAUCUAGUACCCAGUACAACUACCUACUUGAUGAGGACCAGACAAUAGGGAAAGAUGGCAAGAGUACACAUGGACCAAAUACCGUUUUGAGUAUCCUCCACCAUCAUUUUCAGGAGUUCGGGUUUGGGGAAAAAUCUGCGGUACUACAUUGUGACAACUGCGGAGGACAGAACAAAAACAGAUACACCAUAGGAUACUUACUUUGGCGAGUCAUGGUUGGACUACACUGGGCCAUUGAGUUAAACAUGCAAGUUCCUGGACACACCAAAUGCCAAGUUGAUGCAGGCUUUGCGCAGAUCAAAAAGAAAUAUCGAAGGUAA